AUGAGUGAAGGGACAAAAGAGGUAUCAACAAAACGAGAGCACAUAGUGAAUGAAAUCUACACAACAGAAGACUCGUAUGUCAAAUCCCUCAAAAUUUGUGUUGAUGUCUAUAUGGCCUAUUUUGCAAGUUGUCCAGACACUACGGAGUCUACUCAAACUGAAAUAUUUCUGUAUUUACAGGAAGUGCUUAAUAUAGCAACAGCAUUUUUGGCUGAUAUGACUGAGUACAAACAAAAGGGAAGUCUGUCGGACUCUGUUGGCGAGUGCUUCCAACGAUUCAUCCCAUUCCUUAAAGUCUACAAACUGUUUAUAGGGAAUAACGAAGUAUGUCUUGGCUCGAUUGCGAAGCUCGAGAAGAGCGAAGAGGCGACUGCGUAUUUAGAGCAAUGCAGACUUAAAAUAGAAGGACCAUCGCAACAACCCCUGCGGUCAUUACUUAUAAUGCCUGUGCAAAGGAUCCCAAGGUAUGUGUUACUCAUCAAAGACUUGUUAAAGAACACUGACGAGUCGCAUAAAGAUCACAAAACAUUAGAAAUAGUCUUGGGGGAGAUGGAAGAUUUGGCCAAAGUCUGUAACGCAGCUUUAGUUAAUACGGAACGGAUGAUGAAGAUGUUUAAGAUCCGAGAUUCUAUACGAGGGUAUGAAGGAGAGUUGAUCAAUUCAUCGCGGUACUUUAUUAAAGAAGGGUUUCUAACGAAACAAUGUCGAAAAGUCCCCAAACCUCGAUACUUCUAUUUGUUCAAUGACAUCAUGAUGUAUGGAAUAGAGAGUCUUGGGACCGUCUCGGUCUCGGGAACUAUGGAUUUACUCGAUUGUAUUGUCACUAAUAUCCCAGACUCUCCAUCGCGACGCCUUGCGUUUCAAAUCCAGUCGGGGAAUAAGAGUUUUGUGGUCUUUGCGAAGAAUCAAGAGGACAAAAACUGUUGGUUGGAUACGAUUAACACUGCUAUAGAAAAGCAAACGACAACGCUCUCGGCACGGACAAAUAAGUCGACGAUAGUACGCCCAGUAUUUAAACCUGAUAUCGAAGCAUUAAAUUGUGAGUUGUGUCAUAUUGAUUUCACAUUCUUUGUGCGAAGACACCAUUGUAGAGCGUGUGGAAGAUGUAUUUGUGGGGAGUGCUCGAAGUGGAAAAUGCCGAUGCCGCCAAAUAAUGAUAUGGAAAGGGUUUGCGCGAAGUGCUUUGAUUUGUAUAACAAAAACAAAAAGAAUUCGAAAGGAGAGAAAGUCCAAGUGAGAGAGAAAGGAAUGGCAAAUGUCAUCUCAACGAAAUCGGUGUUUGAACAACAACAAAUAUUGUCAGGAAAAGAUGAAAAGAAUUUGAAUGAAGACGAGUGGCAAGAGUUCGAGGAUUUGUCGUUUGGAUCAGACUCAGAAGAAGUCCAAAAGACUAAAACUCCUAUAAAAAGUGGACCUCAAGUCACUCAAAAAGUCGACAAAGUCGUCGAAAAACAACAAGUCGAAGCUCAGGUCAAACCUCAAACAAUCAAAAACGACCAAAAAACUGAAAUACCAAAAAGAAGACCACCACCACCUCCUCCACAGAAAAUGAAAAGCGUCGACCAUACCAUCGGAGAACCGAAAAAAGCUCAACCUCCUCUCCCUCAAAAAUUGGUGAAGUGUCAAAGCGAAAUUGUACCUGAAAAUCAUCAACGCCCAUCACCACCUCAACACUCUCACCUCACUGAGGCAAGUAGAAUGAGUUACAAAUCGUUUGUUUUUUGGGCUUCUGAAAGUUAA